AUGUCGGAACGGAAUGUUGGCGGUUUCUUCCAAAAGGACGCGGACGCGAUCUUCAAGCCUAUGGGCACCUUUCCUCUCGCUUGCCAAUUUUCCUCGCUCAUCAUCGACAACUUCCUCGGGGGUGUGCUGGCGGUACAGCUGUUCAUGUACUAUCGCUACCACGGAGGAGAUAAGCUCUGGCUGAAAUGCCUCGUCGGCUAUCUUGGAGUCAUGAACGCCUUCGUUACCAUCUUCUACUGGGCGUACCAGUCCUACCUCUUCGUCGAGAACUUUGGCAACUUCCUUCCGUGGCUGGAAGUGCGGUGGUUGGCGCAAAUGCCAUGGAUCGACGGGAUCACUGUCUCCGCCGUCCAGCUCUUCUUCGCUUACAGAGCGUACCUCCUUCUGAACCGCAACAAGUUUGUCCUGAUAUUGAUCACGUGCAUGGUCCUCGGAGCGCUGGGAGGAGCUAUUGGCUUGACAAUCGUCUUUGGCGGACAAUCAUCGCUACUUGGUGCCACCAACUCUGGCCCCACUCUGAUCACAUGGCUGGCCUUGACCACCGCCGCAGAUAUCACCAUCGCCGUUUGCAUCAUCACUGGUCUGCUUCGAUCCAAGUCCGGAUGGACACACACAGAUAAGCUGGUCAUCAAGCUCAUUCGAUUGACUUUCGAAGCUCAGCUUCUUCCGACAUGCCUCGCUGUUGCCUAUCUCAUCGAAUGGAUCAUCACGCCUGCUUCGCUUUUGGGCGCCACCUUCCAAGCUCUUCAGUGUAAGACCUACACCGUCGGCUUCCUCAUCACCCUCUUGUCGAGAACGUCUUUGCUCUCAGAUUCCGAACACCGGAGGACCACCAAGGGCGCUCAGGUGUACGGCAUGUCCUCUCGAGGUCCAAUCGAGGUUGCUGUCCAGGUCGAAACGCACGUCAAUGAGAACAAGUUUACCGUUACACCGGCCGGAGAUGAGUUUCAGUCGACAUACAAGCUCGAAGACAACGAUUCGACCUCGGAUAUCGAACUCGGCCACAGCAACCCAUCGCAGGCGAGGCUGCACAACCCCAAGCCGUACCCUGCUCAGCCAUACGCGACUUCGGCUAUCCCUGAUGGCUUCUAG